GAAUUGUUUUUUAAAGAAAAAAAAAAUGGAUUACAUUAUGCUGCUUCAGAAAAUUUUGGUUGUUUCUUUCACUGUUGUAUUCUUUUGGAAACUUAUCAAGUACAUGUGGGGCUUUUUGAAUAUUGAGAAGGAACCAGUGACAGUAUUAGUUACUGGUGCUGCUGGGCAAAUAGGUUAUGCAAUUGUGCCAAUGAUUGCAAGGGGUGCCAUGCUUGGCCCUGAUCAGCCUGUAAUUCUACACAUGCUUGAUAUUGAACCUGCUGCUGAAGCUUUGAAUGGAGUCAGAAUGGAAUUGAUUGAUGCUGCCUUCCCCCUUCUUAAAGGUGUUGUUGCUACUACGAAUGCUGAAGAAGCUUGUAAAGGUGUCAACAUUGCUGUCAUGGUUGGCGGUUUCCCUCGAAAGGAAGGUAUGGAAAGAAAAGAUGUGAUGUCUAAAAAUGUGUCAAUCUACAAGGCCCAAGCAUCUGCAUUAGAGAAGCAUGCUGCUGAAGAUUGCAAGGUUCUGGUGGUUGCAAAUCCAGCAAACACCAAUGCACUCAUCUUGAAAAAAUUUGCACCUUCAAUCCCGGAGAAAAACAUUACAUGUCUUACCCGAUUAGAUCACAACAGAGCAUUAGGCCAGAUCUCAGAGAGGAUAAAUGUUCAUGUUGGUGAUGUGAAGAAUGUUAUCAUCUGGGGAAAUCACUCUUCAACUCAGUAUCCGGACGUCAACCAUGCAACUGUCGCCACAAGCAGUGGAGAGAAAAAUGUCAGAGAACUUGUUGCUGAUGACAAUUGGCUAAAUUCCGAAUUCAUCACCAUGGUACAGCAGCGUGGCGCUGCCAUCAUCAAGGCUCGAAAGCUAUCGAGUGCAUUGUCCGCUGCAAGUUCUGCUUGUGAUCAUAUCCGCGAUUGGGUUCUUGGAACUCCGAAGGGAAAAUGGGUUUCAAUGGGAGUCUACUCUGAUGGGUCUUAUGGGAUUCAACCUGGCCUUAUCUACUCGUUUCCUGUUACAUGUGAGAAAGGAGAAUGGUCUAUUGUGCAGGGGUUAAAGAUUGACGAGUUUUCAAGGGCAAAGUUGGAUGCAACUGAGCAAGAGCUCAUUGAAGAGAAAGCGUUGGCCUAUUCAUGUCUGAAUUGAUGAUGAUGAUGGUGGUGGGACUGAUUUGUGUUUGGAUUGGUUGGAAAAUAAUGCAAGAAAGACGCCAUAUAUAGUCUAAUAGAGUAGUCAAAUAAUUUCCAAAUUAUGAGUGAUUAGGUAAUGUGAUAGCAUCCUACAGUUGCAAAUUUACUUGGAUUUGAAUAUUCUCUAAUCUUGGAAAUAAAUGAAAAUCAUUGGACUUGGAACA